AUGGCAGCCCUCCGACCCCUCACAAGGCCUAAAAUUGUCAAGAAGAGAACCAAGAAGUUCAUACGCCAUCAAUCCGAUCGAUAUGUCAAGAUUGCGAAAAACUGGCGCAAACCCAGAGGUAUUGACAACAGGGUUCGCAGGCGGUUCAAGGGCCAGAUGCUGAUGCCCAACAUUGGUUAUGGUAGCAACAAGAAGACAAAGUAUAUGCUUCCAAAUGGCUUCAAGAAGUUCCUGGUGCGCAAUGUCAAGGAGCUGGAGGUUCUGAUGAUGAGCAACAAGACUCACUGUGCUGAGAUUGCUCACAAUGUCUCCUCAAAGAACAGGAAGGUGAUCGUGGAGAGGGCAGCUCAGCUGGCCAUCAAGAUCACCAACCCCAACGCCAGACUCAGGAGUGAAGAAAACGAAUAA